CGUCAGUUUGUACUUUCACUUUACUGAGACACAGGUUUGUUUCUCUUUCGCUGUAAAUUUCCCCUCAAGAUUCAACGUAAUCAGCAACUUUUGUGCAGUUUUUGACCUGUAUAUGUUAAAAGGUCUAUUCCGUCUAUUCAGUUACUUAGUUUGAACUUUAUAAGAAGACAAACCGUACGAUUAGCUAACUAUGAUGUUGUCUGAAGUAACGCUAAGCUAACUAUCAUCUGGAGACUUCUGCUCAGACUACACUUGGUGCACACACACUAUGGAGCGGACUGGACUCAGACAGAGCCAACAAUGUGGCUCCUGGGAGAUGAAGGAGAAACUUGGGACAGGUGGUUUUGGGAACGUCUACCUAUACCAGCACCUUGAGACAGGUGAGAAGAUUGCUAUGAAACUCUGCCGCCUGGAACUGAACUCCAAGAAUAAAGAUCGCUGGAGCAGGGAGAUUCAAAUAAUGAAGAAGUUGAAUCAUCUGAAUGUUGUUCAAGCCAGAGAUGUUCCAGAGGAGUUGAGCUCCAUUGCUUUAAAUGAUUUGCCUUUGCUGGCAAUGGAGUUCUGCUCAAGAGGAGACUUACGCAAGGUGUUAAAUAAGCCAGAAAACUGUUGUGGGCUGAAGGAGAGUGAAAUCCUAUCACUUCUCAGAGACAUUGGCUCUGGUAUCCAGUAUCUCCAUGAAAAUAAGAUCAUUCAUAGGGAUCUGAAGCCAGAGAAUAUAGUUCUGCAAGAUACUGGUGAAAAGCUGGUACAUAAAAUCAUAGAUCUUGGUUAUGCAAAGGACCUAGAUCAGGGAAGUCUCUGCACAUCAUUUGUUGGAACUCUGCAGUAUCUGGCUCCAGAGCUGUUUGAGAGUAAACCCUACACUGUCACGGUGGACUACUGGAGCUUUGGGACAGUGAUCUUUGAAUGCACUUGCGGCUUUCGCCCCUUUUUACAUCACAUGCAGCCUGUACAGUGGACCAGUAAGGUCAAAAACAAAGGCCCCAAAGACAUAAUGGCAGUAGAGGAUAUGAGCGGAGAAGUCAGGUUUUCUACACAUCUUCCAUACCCCCUCAAUCUCAGCAGGCCACUACUGGAACCAGUCGAGUCUCUUCUCCAGAUGCUGUUACUGUGGGACCCUGCAACCCGUGGUGGAGGCCUGGAUCCCUGCACAAACAAACCAAACUUCUACACUGUUCUACAGAAUAUUCUUAACAUGAAGGUGAUUCAUGUCCUAGACAUGACAUCAGCCCAACUGCACUCGUUGGUUUUGGAUCCUGAGGAAAGCUUACAUUCACUGCAGCUUCGUCUGGAGACGCACACUAAGACACACAUCACUCCGCUGAGUCAGGAACUGUUGCUUGAGACGGGAAACUCCCUCGACCCACGUAGACCACCUGCACAUUGUCUUCCAGAUGGAUUGCGAGGCUGGGACACCUUCAUUAUCUUCCUGUUUGAUAAGAGCUUGACUAAGUACGCUGGACCACUGACUGCCAGACCUCUGCCAAGCAGUGUCAACUUUAUAGUCAGGGAAACUAAGACACAGCUCCCACUGUCUGCGCUGAGAAAGGUGUGGGGGGAAGCGGUCAGCUAUGUUUGUGGAUUGAAAGAGGACUACAUUCACUUGUACCAGGGCCAGAGGGCUGCCAUGCUAAGUCUGCUGCGUUACAAUACCACCCUAACACGGUACAAGAACACGUUGUUCUCCAAGUCUCAGCAGCUCCGAGCCAAACUGGCUUUCUUUAAGACCAGUAUCCAGCAUGACCUUGAGCAGUACAUCAAGCAAAAACAAUCUGGCAUUUCUUCAGAAAAAAUGCUGAAAACAUGGCAGGAUAAUAAGGAGAAGGCUGAUGAGUUUACAAAGGUUGCAGAUGUGGGGUAUCUGGAUGAAGAGAUAGUGGCUCUACACUCUGAGAUUGUGGAGUUGCAGAGGAGUAAACAUGCAAGGAAACAAGAAGAUGUAUUGGAACAGCUUGAGGACAGAGCCAUAGAACUCUACAAACAACUGAAAGCCAAAUGCAAAAGUGCUGACCCCCCACAUGGUUACAGUGACAGCUCAGACAUGGUAAAGACCAUCCUCCAAACAGUUCAGAACCAGGACAGAGUGCUGAAAGAUUUGUACAAUCACCUGAGUAUAAUGCUGGUGUGUAAGCAGCGUAUAGUUGAUUUAUUCCCUAAAUUGGAGAACGCGUUAAAGGACAUAAAGGCAGCAGAGGCAGAAGUUAUGCAGAUGCAAAUGAAGCGCCAGAAGGAGUUCUGGUACCUCCUGAAGAUUGCCUGUGCCCAGAGCAGUCCUCUACCACAGACCAUUGUGCAACCGCCCACUGACAGUGAAUCUGUUCCUCAAUUACUGGAUGAGAAUCAGCGUUACCUGAGUUGUCUAACUGCCCUACUUCAAGAUGCCACACAGGAAAUGGAGCACAGUGUCAUGGAUCAGGACUGGAGCUGGACUCAGUACAGAGAAAUGGAAGCUUAAUUUCAGAAGCUGUAGAAAUUGACCAAAGAUUCUGUGUAAUGAAUUGAGGAUAUAUUGUAUACUGUAAACAGUAAAGUUGUGUGUUAUCAGUUACACUAUCAGAAAGCCUUGCAAUCCCAUAAAGUGUCAUAUGAAUACAUGUACUGUAGUGCUGUAGACAGUAAGUCAAACAGCAUGAUGUAGUUAUUUAUACUUUACUGUAAGACCAUGACUUAUUUAUUUAUAGCUAAUUAGGAUUAGGUUAAUUAUGGUUAGGAUAAAACACUGCUGCUGUGAUAAACUGCAUGACAAAAUGUUUGAGAUGUUGAGAUGUAAAUAAAUUUUAUAAAUGGGAA